UCUCACGAUUUAUUAUGGCUAAUCAACAAACAUAAAUGUAACUUAAAAUUACCCUUUUAAUCUCAUUUUUAACAUGUAUAUUUAACAAUAGCUUUUUUUCUCGUCCUUUCAACGUGUUACGCGUGUUUUACGUGAUAAGUGGGCGUAUUAACCGACGCAACGUCUCUUGAAGAAGCAUAUAUCCGUGUACAACAAGGAAUGUAGCGCUUUGGGUCAAUAUAUCGUUGUUGCACGCCAGCAAAUUUGCUCCAACGUAUGUCAAAUAAAAUGUUAAGAUUUUUGUCACGACGCAGGGCUCGUAGUGUCAGUGGACAGACUACUUCGUCCCAAAUAAAAAACCAACGAUUGCUGAGCAAUAAGAAUGUUGUUCAAUGCAGAGUCGUUUUACUCGAUGGCACGGAUUUACCUAUAGAGCUGUCAAAAAAAGCAUUGGCUAGUGACCUAUAUGAACAAGUGUUUUAUAGUUUAGAUUUAAUAGAGAAAGAUUAUUUUGGAUUACAGUAUACAGAUAGUAAUAAUGUUCAGCAUUGGCUGGAUCCCACUAAACCAAUAAAGAAACAAGUAAAAAUUGGACCACCAUAUACUUUAAGACUCAAAGUAAAGUUUUAUUCGUCAGAACCUAAUACUUUACGUGAAGAAUUAACAAGAUAUCAAUUUUUCUUACAAUUAAAACAAGAUGUUUUGGAUGGAAAACUUCAUUGUCCACAUCAAGUUGCUGUGCAAUUGGCUGCUUUAGCUCUUCAGUCUGAACUUGGUGAUUAUGAUCCUGCUAUGCAUAGUGCAGCCACAGUGUCAGAAUUUAGAUUUGUACCAAGUCAAACAGAGCAAAUGGAACUUGAAAUACUUGAAGAAUAUGCCAAGUGCUGUGGCCUUAGUCCAGCACAGGCUGAGUCAGCCUAUCUCAGCAAAGCUAAAUGGUUAGAUAUGUAUGGUGUGGAUAUGCAUACUGUUCUUGGUAAAGAUGCAUGCGAGUAUUCUUUGGGAUUAACACCAACUGGAAUCUUAGUUUUCGAAGGCACACAAAAAAUAGGAUUAUUCUUUUGGCCUAAAAUUGGUCGACUAGAUUUUAAAAAAAAGAAACUAACAUUAGUUGUAGUGGAAGAAGAUGAUGAAGGUAGAGGAGAACAAGAACAUACAUUUGUAUUUAGACUUGUUAACGAAAAGGCUUGUAAACAUUUAUGGAAGUGUGCUGUAGAACAUCAUGCUUUCUUCCGAUUACGCGCACCUGUUAAAGGUGCUAGUGGACGACAAAACUUUUUUCGUAUGGGUUCGCGUUUUCGUUAUAGUGGUAAAACGGAAUUUCAAACAACUCAGCUGAAUCGAGCACGUAGAACAGUGCAAUUUGAAAGGCGGCCAAGUCAAAGAUACGCACGUAGGCAAAGUCAUGUUUUAAGAGAACGUCAGCGUCAACAAGUAGAGCAACCGCAACCACCAGCUCCAGUAGUUAACAAUGAAGACGAAUCUUUGCAACGUCAGCCGAGUCAAUGUAGUACAAAAUCAUCAGAUUCCAGUGUGCAUGCUACGUCUUCACCUUUGGUGGAUUCGUUAUUAAAAUCACUGGCCAAAGAUCAACAGCCUUUAGAACCUAGGAAUCAAGCAACAGUCGCUAACACAGAAAAAGAAUCAGAGCCAGUAAAAACAAGUUUAAUUAUCGAGAAUAUGGCUAAUCAAAUGCCAUUAGUGCCAAAUAAUCAAGUUGGUGGUACUUCUUCUCUACCCCCGCGUACGCCUAUUCCUCCAGAGUCAUUAAAAUGUAAUAUACUAAAAGCAAAAUCUCUAGAACAAGGAAAAAAUUCAAACUUGGUUUCAAUCACUUCUAUGGAUGCACCUACUGUUAUUACUAAGAACAAUCAGCACUCUGACGCAGCAACAAUUGUAUCAGUGGGUGGAGACAAAUUGACACUUUCUGUAAGUGGAGCUACGAUGAUGAACCCAUCGGCAGACGAUAACGUGACCGUAACACAUUUUUCUCUAGACAGCUGGGGGCAAAUUGAACAAAAAACUACACAAUUGAACCCUAAAAUUUCGAAUCAAUCUCAGAAUCCGUUUAAUCCAUUCACUAGUGAGAAUAGUAACGAAGUUACUACUCAUAUCUCUGAAAAUACCGAAAUGGACACAAAAACGGAAGAGGAAAAGAAAGCAAAUACAAACCCGUUUAUAGAUUCAAAUCCGUUUUUGGGUUUACUUAAUCCUUUUAAAGAAAUACAACCAAUGGUUGAAAAGAAAGCUGAUGCGGAAAUAGAGAAAAAUGGGGCAAGAGUUGUGAAAACUGAAGAGAUACAAACGACUACUACAACACUUACUCACAAGGAUGAUAAUUCUGCAGUCUCUGAUAUCAGUCCUUGGUUAGUGGCUGAUCCAUUACAAACAACAAUGAUAGAUCAAACUCCAAUUAAACAUACUGUAAUUACGAGGAAGACAGUAAUUACCACACAACUUUGA